AUGUCUAUUGAUAUUUCUAAAAUUGUUUUGGAGAAUGAAAUUUCUGCAAGUUGUAGCACACAAUGGGCAGAGUUUCACAAUGGAGUAGCCACUGGUCUCACUAUUGGAACAGAUUGCAAAAUUACCAAAGAAUGGAUCAUGUUUCACAAACCAAACAAAAGAGGAACCAGAUAUAUGAAUGACAGCGUUACUCAUGCUGGAUUACUUCUGGCCUUAGGUUUGCAAGGUCACUUGAAAUGUCUUGGACCCACUGAUAUUUAUAGCUAUCUGCAACAACGACAUGAAGCGACUACUAUUGGAAUUCUAUUGGGGCUAUCUUGCUCAUAUAUUGGAACACAAGAUCAGUACAUUACUCGGUCUCUAUCCCUGUAUGUGCCUUCGCUCGUCGUCGGUAUGAGCGAUAUGGAAAUGCCAAUGGAAGUUAGUGGCUCUGCAUUGCUUGGCAUUGGAUUACUCUACAUGGGUAGCUGUCAUCGGUUCAUGACUGAAGUUCUAUUAGGAGAAUUGGCUCGCCCACCAAAUGAUCAUUCAACAAACACCCGAGAAAGUUACUCUCUAUCUGCGGGAUUAGCACUCGGAUUGGUACAUUUAGGGAAAGGUGCAACUGCAAACAGUCACGAAUUGAAAAUGGAUCAACGAUUGCUCUCGUACAUGACCGGAGGUAGCAAACGUCCCGAGUUUGACAUGUUUGCAUUAAUGGCCUCCAAGUCAAAAGCCCAUCCAUCUGUUAAAAGUGGACCUAACAGUUCAGAAGCAGUGACCAAUACAUGUUCAAGAAUUAAGGAAAAUGAAAAAUUUGUGAAUGUAGAUGUCACUGGUCCAGGAGCAUGCCUUGCUCUCACAUUGAAAUAUCUUAAAACCCAUGACGAGACUAUAGCUUCAGAAAUGAAGGUUCCAGACACUAGGUACAUGUUGGACUACGUUCGACCUGAUAUGAUUAUUCUCAGACAACUUGGCUCCUCGUUAAUCAUGUGGAAUACCAUCGAGAAUACUGAGACAUGGAUAAAAUCUAAAAUUCCAGAUCUCUUUCGUUCGGCUCCAGUAGAAUCAAUCAUUGAGAGCAACGAGUUAUGUAAGAUUUAUGCUCAUGUCAUUUGUGGUUGCUGUCUUUCCAUUGGGUUCAAAUAUGCUGGAUCCCACGAUUCCAGAGCGUUUGACUUGAUUCUCAACAUUGCACAACAAGCACUGAAAAUGAGACUCCGACUUUUUACACAAGAUUCAUCCAUUCCUUACUUUGUAAAAUUAGACAAAUUCACAACGGAUAGGACAGUCACCAUUUGUUUACUCAGUUUGAGUUGCAUCAUGUCAGGAAGUGGAAACGUGGAAGUCAUUCGACUGGUGAAACAGCUUAGACAGAAAUACAUUUCAUCUGCCAGUACACAGUAUGGAGGCUAUGGAAUUCACAUGGCAUUAUCCAUGUCGCUUGGACUUCUCUUUUUAGGAGGAGGAAGGUUCUCCCUUUCCACCAGUGAUCGUUCCAUUGCUGCUCUGUUAUGCUCUUUGUAUCCUGUUUUCCCUCAAACAACCACUGAUAAUCGAUAUCAUUCACAAGCUUUGCGUCACUUGUAUAUUCUGGCUGCUGAGAAUAGAUUAUUAGAGACUGUUGAUAUUGACACAAAAGAAACCUGUCAUGUACCCAUCAUCAUAGAGACUACUCAUGGAAACUCGUUACAAAAAUUAAGUCCUUGCCUUAUUCCUGAAUCACAUUUAAUUUCCAAGAUUAUAACUAGCAACGAGAGAUACUAUCCACUCACAAUCACUGAAUUCCCACUCAAAAGUAACAUUAUUUAUGUGAAGAAGAAAUCUGGGUAUUUAACAUACAAGGAUGACCCUAAAGGAAUACGUUCAUCGGUUCACUCGAAUUUUGUUACCAAUCUCGUGGAUCAAAACCCAGAUAAUUUGGUAAAACUCUUUGAGAAAAUGUCCUCAGGCUCGCACACUCACAUUGCUCCAUAUGUGAAAUAUAGGAUAUUUGGUCACAAUAGUGUCAAUGGAGUGGAGGAACAAGCAUUAACAACGGCUAUUCAAUCACUCUCUUUAAAUGAUUCCUCGAAUGGAAAUAUUGCACUAUUACUUUAUCAUUCGCUUGUGGAUUCGCUCAUGAAUGACAGUCCAGAUGUACUCUACAUAUUUGAACACAUUCUUGAGGCGUUACGAUUGAUUGUGGAACCAAAGAGUUGCAGAACAACAACAAAUAAUUUUGAAUCGACCCCUACAACGACAAUCAAUUCCCUUUCGAAAUCUAUCCAUAUUUCAUGCUUUAAGCAAUUAUUUGCAUACUACUCAUCAAGAUAUCGUUUGCUAAAGCAAAGUUUGAUGACAAUGAGGCCACUAAUUUCACCAAAUUUCAUCGAAUGCAUUAGAAAUUACUUGGAAAAUUAUUUUGCAUCUAUGGAUCUUAUUAAUUGGAACUCACCCUCCAAGAAUGAGGAUGUUGGCUCAUUUUGCAUCUACUAUUCUCUUCCCUAUUUGUAUCUCAUCCAGCAAUUGGUUCAACAAAACAAGCAAAACUGCAGUGCCGAGUUGUUGAUACACUCUUUAAAAUCCUUCCUUCCACACUCCUCGAUCCCCACAGCCCAAAUUGAGCGCCUUGUUCAACAUAUUGUCUCUUGUUCUCAAUGA